AUGCUCAACAUGAGCGAGGAGCACGCCAAGGGCCUGGAGGCGCCGGGCAGCCCCGCGGGCACGGCCAGCUCGCUCUCGCACGUGGACUCGGACUCGGACGCGCCCUCGUCGCCCGCCGGCUCGGAGGGGCCCCCGGCGGCCCCGCGCCAGGGCGGCGGCAAGGGCGAGGCGGGCGAGGCGGACGAGCGCUUCCCCGCCUGUAUCCGCGACGCCGUCUCGCAGGUGCUGAAGGGCUACGACUGGAGCCUGGUGCCCAUGCCCGUGCGCGGCAACGGGGCGCUGAAAGCCAAGCCGCACGUCAAGCGGCCCAUGAACGCCUUCAUGGUCUGGGCGCAGGCCGCCCGCCGCAAGCUGGCCGACCAGUACCCGCACCUGCACAACGCCGAGCUCAGCAAGACGCUGGGCAAGCUCUGGCGUUUGCUAAGUGAAAGCGAAAAGCGCCCGUUUGUGGAGGAAGCCGAGCGCCUGAGAGUUCAGCACAAAAAGGACCACCCUGAUUAUAAGUACCAGCCACGCCGGAGGAAAAGCAUCAAAGCAGGCCAGAGCGAUUCUGACUCCGGGGCUGAGUUGGGCCAUCACGGCGGGAACCAGAUUUACAAAGCAGAUGCUGGUUUGGGGCCCAUGAGUGAACCUCACCACCACACUGACCACUCAGGGCAGACUCACGGGCCGCCUACCCCGCCAACCACUCCCAAGACGGAUCUUCACCAUGGGAGUAAGCAAGAACUGAAACAUGAAGGGCGCCGCCUAGUGGAAAGCGGAAGGCAGAACAUAGACUUCAGCAAUGUGGACAUCUCAGAACUGAGCAGCGAGGUGAUCAACAAUAUGGAGGCCUUUGAUGUACAUGAGUUUGACCAGUAUUUGCCACUCAAUGGCCACUCUGCCAUCACAGCUGACCAUGGGCAAAACUCUACAGCAGGUUCUUACGGGACUUCCUAUUCUCAUUCCACUAACGGCAGCAGCAGUGGAGCGGCUGCAGUCUGGACUCACAAGAACCCUUCCUCAGCGUCCCCUUCCUCCACUGAAACUGGUCAGCAGAGGCCUCACAUCAAGACGGAGCAGCUUAGCCCAAGCCAUUACAGCGACCAGUCUCACAGCUCUCCUCCUCACUCUGACUACGGAUCUUACAGUGCCCAGGCAAGUGCCACGACAGUGUCCUCGGCCACGGCCUCCUUCUCCAGCUCUCAGUGUGACUACACAGACCUCCAGAGUUCCAACUACUACAACCCAUACCCAGGCUACCCUUCCAGCAUCUACCAGUACCCUUACUUCCAUUCCUCUCGCAGACCCUACGCAACCCCGAUCCUCAACAGCUUAUCCAUCCCUCCUUCGCACAGCCCCACUGCAAACUGGGACCAGCCGGUCUACACAACUCUGACAAGACCUUGAGAAGGCUGAAGGAACUUUUUUUUUGAGGUCUUCCUCCUCCCACAAAAAAAACUUAUGCACUGCACAGAAAAAAAAAAUUGGACAGGAACAGUGUGAAAAUCCGUAUCAGAAUGUCAUUUCAUUGUCCCAAGUGCCUCCUUCUCUGUACAACUGGACGCCUUCUCCAAAAUCUUUAAAUUUUUGAAAGACAGAGUUCUAUUUUCUUUAUUAAUAAUUAAUAAUAAUUAAUAAAAACAUCCAGACUGAUUAUUCCUUUUGAAUACAUGAAGGACAGCUUUUUCUAACUCCUCUGUGAGGACUUGAAGAGAACGACAUAACUUGUAUGUAGGACAGUCCAGAAGAGAAAGUGGAGCUGAUCGAGCUGUUCAAAGGGUUUAUUGCAAUGGGAGUUUUAAGCCAGCCUAGGCAGAAAGAAUCAAUAUAGAUCUUUCUUUAAAUUUCUAACCAUACAAUUAACAAUACUGAAGGACCAUACAAGAAUCUUUUGGGACCAACCCAUCAACUAAUGUCAGAAUUCCCUCGCUGUAGUUGCCAGAGUUCUUCUAAUCAAGGUUUGGCUAUAAGUAGCAUUUUGUUUUGGAAGCUUAAAUAUCUGUGUGAAGCUCUUCCAAAAAAAGAGUGAUUUAAUUUUUUUGCUGUUGUUGUUUUAAGGUAAAUCUGUUAAAUAUGUAUUUAUGUGUUGUGUAAUUUUGUCUUCUUAAUUAAUGAAGUAAUUCUGUUCAAGAAGUAGAAUUUUAAAAGAGAUUUUAAAGGGGUUAAAUUAGUGGAGAUGACUCGAUGAGGUGGAUUUUUCUUCCCGAUUCAAAGAAAACACGGCAACAUUCAGUUUGUCUGAAAGUAAAACAAACAAAAAGACCCCCCCCCCCCAACCAACUAAUCAUAAAAGUAAAUUUAAAAUUAUCUUUUACAAUAAAGUAGUAAUGGAAGGUCUUGAUUGGCAGUAGGUGGAAACAGCUAUGGAUCAAUUUUGCAGCAUGCAUAAAUAAUUUUCAAUUAAGCAAUGCUUACUUAAUAGUAAUACCCAUGUAACAUUUAGAAAACAAGAUGUGUCUUGCAGGAUGAGACAAAACUCCAUGUCAUCCAGCGUUCUGUUUUCAAAAGCAGCCACUUGGGAGAUAAACGUGUGACACUACCCUCUCGGCCUUCUCUAAUAUUUAUAAUUCUGAGAUACGCUGCUUCUCAGCAUGGAGCACUUUGCUAUCAUGGCUCAUGGGUGUCCAUGAAUUUGUUUACUUUUUUUUUUUUUGAAAAUCCAACUAAACUAAUGGCCAUUGACAGCUUGUGAGGUAGUGAAUUCCUUAUUUUAUGAAGUACUUAAUUUUGUCAGUAUGACCGGCCCAUCAGAUUCAAUGAAUGGAUGCCUCAGGCUGUGUGAAAGAGGAGGGGGGAAUGUCCCUCUCUUAGUAAGGAGAACUUGAGGAAUGAUCGGGUUUCUGGUUGAGACGGUAGAUCAGAGUCCGUCCACCCCCCCCCCACACACACACACACUCACGUAUGGGUACUGAGCAACUAGAUUGUCAGAGGGGCUUAAAUGAAGCAGACAGGAAUCAGAACUCAUAAAACAGUCCAUUUUGCAUUAAGCACCUUGACAUAAAACACUUUCAUUUUGCCAGCACAUGCCAACUGCAAAGGAGAUUACCGGUUGGAAAAAAACUUUCUAGGCAUACCUUACAGAGGUCAUAUGGAUUUUGGGGGUGGGUGCUAGCUUCCUGCCAGAUCACGCCUGUUGCUCUUUCCAUAAAAAAAGGGGUAAACCUCCAGUCCAAAAGGAAUAUUUUUGCCUGCGCCUUCCUUUGCAAGAAUAGCUUAAAAAGGCAGGCAAAAUGUUACGGGCAGAGGGCUUUAUUUCUCUCUUCAGCUGGACUACUUGAGUGUAAAUGUGGGAAAAGGAAAACUGGUGGGGAGGAAAGAAUACAGUAAUAGAUUAUUUUCCCCCUCCUGUGCCAACUAGUUUCAACAUACUAAAUUGGAUUUGAAGGCAUCGUUGAAUUUUUGGACUAUAUCAGAAGCACAACGAGUUUCAAGAAAUUACAUUUUAACCAGAAGUUACGGAUUGAGUUUCACUUUAAUGUUGCCUGUUUAGGGACCAGAUGUCAUCCAUCAAAGCUGUGAAAAUAAACGUUCUCCACUAUAUUUUGGUUAGUUUUUAGAUGUAGACUAAUAUUUCAUUGAUAUUUUGUUCUAUUGUAUGCUGAGCAUAUAAUAACCAUCUAACGUCGUGCCUUUUCAAAGAAAACUUUUAAAAUCUUUAAACUUUCAGAGUCUCUCUUACCUUUUCUACGUUUCGUAUCCUUGGGGUUUUCUUCUUCUUUUUUUCUAGAAGGGUGGUUUUUUGUUUUUUUGUUUUUUGCAUAUUGCCUUUGGGAAUAUGGGGAGGGAUAGAGAUCGGGGGAUGGAAAGAGGGAAUGCUACACUCCUUUUAUACAUUCUGUUUUUCUGAAUAAAGUUUGAAGGUCUCUCAUUAUUCCUUCUCUGUUCCAUUCACUACUAGCUUCUAAGUAAUGCUA